CAGCGACAGCGACAGCGACAGCAACAUCAAUAACAAAGCUAUCAUGACACCCUUACACGUCGAAAAGAUCUCUUCAGAUGUGUUCAGAGCAGCAUUAGCACGCUAUCCAGGCGCCGCACCGUCGAUACUAGCAGACCUGGACGCCCUUCGCUAUCAGAUGGUGCCAGCGAAAUUGGAGAACAUGAAAGGGGAUCCGCAUUUGUUAAAGGCUGAUGUGGAGAAGCUGGUCGAAUGGAAACUUAAACAUGGCACCUUCCGUCCAGCGCUCAUGAAUCUCGUCAAAUCCAACCCCGCAGACUUGAUCAAAGCGACUACUCAAUCGGCCUUUUCUUCCCUCGAGUCCGGCGGGGAUGUCAUGGCCGCCCUCAAGAUCCUCACACAACUCCGCGGCAUUGGCCCCGCGACCGCGUCCCUGCUUCUCAGCGUGUAUCAGCCUGAUGAAGUGCCCUUCUUUUCCGAUGAGCUUUUUCGCUGGACACAUUGGGGCGGUUCUGGCGCAGGGGAAGGGUGGGAGAGGAAGAUCAAGUAUAACGUUAGUGAGUACAAAGAAAUUCUUGCGAGCAUCAGGGCGUUGAGGGAGAGGUUGGACGUUGGGGCUACGCAGGCAGAGAAGGUGGCAUAUGUUUUAGGGAUGGAGAAGUUGGACAUGGAUGGUGGCGUUGGUGGAGAGGAGAAGACGACGGAGAAGAAGACAAUUGGGGCGCAGCCGCGUGCAAAAGUGACAGCAAAGGAGGGGAAGGAGGAUGAUUCAGGGAUCAAAGGCGGAGGAGAUCAUCAAGAUGGAGCCAAAGAUUCUGCCAAGCUCUUGUCCAAAGAUGAAAAUAUAGAGAAGAAAGGCACGAAGAGAAAAGCACAAGAGCAAAAGGUACCUACAGAAGGAACACGACGAAGCACGCGGAAGAAGGUCUGAACAAACAGAUAUCUUAUUGUAGAUAUGAGACACAGGGGUCUAGCUGUCAGCGGGAAGAACGUUCGAGCAACAGAAAGCGAAAGUGCGCUACACAUUCACAAGGCAUGGGACCCGGUAUACAACUUGUUGGACAACCAGUUUAUUUGAAAUACGG